AACACCGGUCCCCCGUCGUCUCCAUCAUAUUACAUAUCCACCACAAAAAAAAAUGAGUACGCGCCCCACCUCGACGUCGACUCGCCCGGGCGUCUCUCCCAAUCCAGGCGCACGCGCACCGCCAGUAACGCAAGUGAACACGCAGACGAAGGUGAUCGACUCUGUCCACGGUAGAAUCCUCUGUAUCGCCGACAUUCGUGGACGACUUUCGGGCCUGAACGACCUCGCGAGAGAAGCGAAUGCGAAGGCUAUCAUCCACACCGGCGACUUUGGCAUCUUCGAGGCGUCAAGUAUCGACCGCAUCCAUGACCGCACCCUCCGCCAUCUCACGAUGUACUCCCCCCUCAUCCCCAGCGCCCAACGCAACCACCUCCUCUCUAACGAAAACACACCCGCCUCCGUCCGCUCCACCAUGAACAUCUCCAUGCUCUCCGAAUUCCCGCUCCUCCUCUCCGGCCAAAUAAAACUCCAGGUCCCCGUGUUCACCGUCGUCGGCGCCUGCGAAGACGUCCUCCUGCUCGAAAAGAUCCGCACGGGCCAGAUCGCGAUCGAGAACCUGACGGUCAUCGACGAAGCCACGACGCGCUGCCUCGACAUCGGCGGCGUGAAACUGCGCCUGUUCGGGCUCGGCGGCGCGUUCGUCCCGCAUAAGAUGUUCGACAACGGGGACGGGAAUGCGACCAUUGCAGGUGGGGGAGGGACCAUGUGGGCCACUGUGCUUCAAAUCGGCGAGUUGGUCGAUACCGCACAGAGAGUGUACGAUCCUUCUGAGACGCGACUCCUUGUGACGCAUGCGAGCCCCGGUCGUGAGGGCAUUCUUGCCUCUCUCGCGCUCGUUCUCAAAGCGGACCUUACUAUUUCCGCCGGGCUGCAUUUCCGGUACGCGACGUCGUGGAACGAGUUCAGCGUGCAGGGCGAUUUUGACGGGUUCAGGAAUAAGUUGAAGGCGGGCAAGGAGACGUUCACGAAAGUCUGGGAGAGCGUGCAGGGCCAGGUGAAUGCCGUGAUUGACGAGAAUCAGCAGGUGCUGCUCAACAAAGCGUUGAAUGUCAUUGAGAAAAUCCCGCCCGCACUAGGAUCGGCUACGCAAAAUGGGAUCGCAGGGGAGGAACCGGCGUGGAAGAACUGUUGGAAUUGGAACUUGUGCGAUGCUGCUUAUGGGUCGUUAGUGUUGGAUAUCAAGGAGGGGCGUGUUAGCGCGGAGUUAAAGAGUCAAGGAUUCAACUACGCCUACCGCCGAACUGCGACAAACCCUCCCAACGCUUCUACACCCAACGAAGCCCAAGCCUCCCUCCCACCCCAAAUGACAACCUCGCUCUCCAACCCACCGACAAAAGCAGCCACGCCCGCUCCCGCCGAAAAGCCCGCCACCCCAGCCGCCCCCGCUCAACCUCAACGCUCCGCCGCACCUUCGCCCGAAGUUCCCACCACUUCCACUUCCCCUACCCCAGCCACUGUCAAAGUAAACGGUGUGAACGGCGACAAGGCAGAGCGGGAGAAGACGAAAAAGAAGAGUAUGAAGGAGAAAAAAGCUGAACGGGAGAAGGCCGAGAAGGAGGCCGCAGCAAAGGGUGCCGCCCCGGCCGCUGAGGGCGAGAAGAAGGAAGACGCUCCGGCGGCGACGGUGACUUCGCCUGGAGCAGCGAAUGGUGAGGCAUCUGCUUCGACAUCUGCGCCUGCUGAGCCUGCUGCGGCUUCGUCGCCGAAGCCAGGAUCGGACGGUGGAUUGGGUGUCAAUAUGGAGGGGGUUCAUAGUCCGAGGACGGAUAGCACGGGGGCGAGGACGCCGACGAGUAGGAAACCGCCGCGGAAUCCUUGGACUUUGUUCGUGAGGUUGACCGUACCGGCGGAUGAGACGCAGUUGAGGGACUUCUUCCAGGAUUCGAAGGAGGGGAUUACGCGUGUCACAUUCCCUAACACAUUCGGAGGCAGGAACCAGAAGAUUGCAUACGUCGAGUUUGGGGAUGAGGAAGCGAUGAAGGCAGCACUGACGAAGCAUGCUGAGAAACUCAACGACGGUGUCCCAGAGGUCAAGAUCGCAGACCGAGAGCCGAGAGAGCACAACGGCGCUUUCCGCGGCCGUGGUGGUGGACGUGGACGUGGUGGGUUUGCUGCAAGAGGCUUCGCGGCCGCUGGUCUCACCCGUGGAGGAGGUCCGAGGCAGAAUGGCGAGGGAGGCGGAGGCGGAGGAGCUGCAUGAAUAUGAGUAUACCCUGUCUGUCGCGUAAUUGCUUCGUAUGGCUGGUCUGCAGUAUGAUUAUGAGUACCUCCCCUCUAUUGACAUUUUUCUCUCGGUUCCCGUCGAGCUCGAGCUCUGAUUCUGCCUGUACAUACCUUUCUACACUGUCUCUUGCCUUUUUGGAUAAUUGUUCUUUUGUCUGCCAAACGAUCGUCGUCGAAUGUUCGUCCGAAUUGCAUUGUCUGCCCCUAUUUACCGUAAUGCUUCAAACAUCGUCCGUGUUGAUAAUACCUCUGCUGCCUAUGCCAAUUUUUGCUUUCUUG